AUGUCGACCCCUUCGGAUUCCCGCUUCACGUCGCAAAACCAGUCGACACAGGAGCGCAUCUCCAGCACGACUGUCGGCCUCGUCAAGCUCUCGGACUUCCGCAAGCGACGCGCCGAGGUCCUUGAGCAGCAGGAGCGCGAGGCCCACGACGCCGCCUCCUCUGGAGCUGGCACGCCCGCAGCGGCCACGCCAGACCGCUCGCUCACCGGGACCCCAGACCCGAAUGCCAGUGACGCAUCGACCGCUGCGCGCAAGAAAGCAAAGAAGCGCAAAGCAGCCAGCACGAAGCUGAGCUUUGGCGAUGACGACGAAGCCGACGGCGACGGCGGCGGCGAGGACACCGAGGGUGGGAAGAGCGACGCCGCCUCGGACAGGUGGAACGGACACAAGGGGAAGAGCAAGUUCAAGGCCAACGCAUCUGUGUCGGUCGUACCAAGGGCAGUGACCAAAUCUGCCUUGCGACGGGAAGCGGCCGAGAGGGAAGUGUUGCGACGCGAGUUCCUGGCGCGGCAGGAAGCGGUCAAGUCCACCGACAUCGCCAUCCCCUUCACCUUCUUUGACGGCUCCAACAUCCCCGGUGGCUUGGUCCGUGUCAAGAAGGGCGACUUCAUCUGGAUCUUUCUCGACAAGAGCAGAAAGGUCGGCGCCGACCUGGGCGUUGGCGAAAAGGCAAAUGCACAGAGAGAGUGGGCACGCGUCGGAGUGGAUGACUUGAUGCUGGUUAGAGGCAACAUUAUCAUUCCUCAUCACUACGAGUUCCUCUUCUUCAUUAUGAACAAGACAAGGGGACCGAACAACACCCUGCUGUUUGACUACAGCAACGAGGCGCCCCCUCCCAAGGAUGUCUCUGAUGCUGCAGUGGACCCGCUGUCUACAGCAGCAAGUCGGGCAGCCAAGGCGCUGCAGGAGAUGACCAGCCUCGAAGGCGCAUCUGAUGAUCCCACAUUCACCAAGGUUGUUGAUCGACGGUGGUACGAGCGCAACAAGCACAUAUACCCCGCAAGUGUCUGGCAAGAAUUCGACCCCGAAAAGGACUACGAAAAGGAAGUCCGCCGAGACCAGGGUGGUAAUACCUUUUUCUACUCGUGA